CCUAGAUGCCAUUGUUCUGGGAUUUAUGGUAAUUUAUUCUCUCUAAAAGUUUUGAACACUGGAAAAUGAAACUGGUUAUCUUAAUGAUGUGUGCAUUCUUCACGCAUGCACUUGCUGAAUACCAGUGGCAAUGCAGAAUGUCUUACGAAGACGGCGAAGAACCUAUUAAAGAAGAGGACAUCCCACCAAGUAUAAAAGCAGACUUAGUUAGCUUUGGAGUCGAAUUUCAAUGCGGAGGCAAAAAUGCCGAUGGAAGCGUCUAUCACAUUGAGACGACCUCUCAUUGCAUAGUCAAGUAUAUACUAAAAGAAAGUGGAGAGUAUUACCUAGAAAAGGUCGAUAAUAGUCGUGGAUGUGAGUCGUGGGGAUAAUUAAAGUUUAUAUUAAAACAUGCGUUGUUAGGUAGAAAGUCCCUUACAACUGAAUAGUGAACAAUAAAACAGAUUUUCGGUA